AAAAACCCUAAUUAGCCAAAAUUUAUGGUGGAAUAGCUUUAAACCCUAGGAGAUUUCAUUCAUUUCACUUUCUCUCGAUCGGGUAAUUGUUUCUUUAGGUUUUCUGCUUCGAUCGAUGGCGAACAGCAAUUUACCUCGGAGGAUUAUUAAGGAGACGCAGCGGCUUCUAAGUGAACCAGCUCCUGGUAUCAGUGCCUCACCUUCAGAAGAGAACAUGCGAUAUUUCAAUGUCAUGAUACUUGGUCCAUCACAGUCUCCAUAUGAAGGUGGGGUAUUCAAGCUGGAAUUGUUUUUACCCGAAGAAUAUCCAAUGGCUGCUCCAAAGGUUCGCUUUCUGACAAAAAUUUACCACCCUAAUAUUGACAAACUGGGAAGGAUAUGCCUUGAUAUUCUGAAAGAUAAAUGGAGUCCUGCCCUUCAGAUUCGAACAGUAUUGCUAAGCAUCCAGGCUCUUCUGAGUGCUCCAAAUCCAGAUGAUCCGCUGUCUGAAAACAUAGCGAAACACUGGAAGACAAAUGAAGCAGAAGCUGUUGAAACAGCGAAGGAGUGGACGCUCUUAUACGCCACUGGGCAUUAGGAUGAAAUGGGGAUUUGAUUCCUCCUAGAUAUAAAUGAACACUUUAUAGUAAAGAAACUUAUAUCUUUGAUCAAUGAUCAAAUUCUGAGGUUGCAUGUUUUGCUGCAGUUCAUGUGCUGAUGAACUUGCAUCAUUAUCUUACUUAGAUAAAAAUCCUUGGGUCUUUUGUUA